AUGGAAUACAGAAGAAGGAAAAAAAGAGACAAGGCUCCCACCCAUCCAACAACGACAGCUGCCGCCCUCGAGCGUUUCACCGUCAACUUCACUAUCACCAACCUCCCCUACACUUCCGACCUGGAGAAUCCUGACUCGGCCAAGUUCAGAGCUACACAAAGGGUCAUGAACAUGCUCCUCGACCGCCUGCUGAAGGAAAGCAGCAUUGGCCCUGUAUUCCAAAGAUGUGAGACAACAGAUUUAAGGCCAGGCAGUGACAGGGACGAGACCCGGGUGGACGCCGUGUGCACCUACAGCAAGGAGCCCUCGGCUGCGCCUUUGGACAGGGUGGGGCUGUACCACCAAGUGAGCAACAAGACCAGAGGCAUCACCCAGCUGGGCCCCUACAGCCUGGACAAGGACAGCCUCUACGUCAACGGAUACAACGAACAGCCAGUGCUGACCACUCCCACCCAUCCAACAACGACAGCUGCCGCCCUCGAGCGUUUCACCGUCAACUUCACCAUCACCAACCUCCCCUACACUUCCGACCUGGAGAAUCCUGACUCAGCCAAGUUCAGAGCUACACAAAGGGUCAUGAACAUGCUCCUCGACCGCCUGCUGAAGGAAAGCAGCAUUGGCCCUGUAUUCCAAAGAUGUGAGACAACAGAUUUAAGGCCAGGCAGUGACAGGGACGAGACCCGGGUGGACGCCGUGUGCACCUACAGCAAGGAGCCCUCGGCUGCGCCUUUGGACAGGGUGGGGCUGUACCACCAAGUGAGCAACAAGACCAGAGGCAUCACCCAGCUGGGCCCCUACAGCCUGGACAAGGACAGCCUCUACGUCAACGGAUACAACGAACAGCCAGUGCUGACCACUCCCACCCAUCCAACAACGACAGCUGCCGCCCUCGAGCGUUUCACCGUCAACUUCACCAUCACCAACCUCCCCUACACUUCCGACCUGGAGAAUCCUGACUUGGCCAAGUUCAGAGCUACACAAAGGGUCAUGAACAUGCUCCUCGACCGCCUGCUGAAGGAAAGCAGCAUUGGCCCUGUAUUCCAAAGAUGUGAGACAACAGAUUUAAGGCCAGGCAGUGACAGGGACGAGACCCGGGUGGACGCCGUGUGCACCUACAGCAAGGAGCCCUCGGCUGCGCCUUUGGACAGGGUGGGGCUGUACCACCAAGUGAGCAACAAGACCAGAGGCAUCACCCAGCUGGGCCCCUACAGCCUGGACAAGGACAGCCUCUACGUCAACGGAUACAACGAACAGCCAGUGCUGACCACUCCCACCCAUCCAACAACGACAGCUGCCGCCCUCGAGCGUUUCACCGUCAACUUCACCAUCACCAACCUCCCCUACACUUCCGACCUGGAGAAUCCUGACUCGGCCAAGUACAAUGCUACACAGUCAGUCACAGCCGCCUUGCUCGACCGCUUGCUGAAGGAAAGCAGCAUUGGCCCCAAUUUCCAAGGAUGUGUGACAACAGCUUUCAGGUAUGGGUCAUUGUCCCCGUGCAGGUGCCUUGGUCUGAGGAUGCUGGACAUAGUGGUCAAGCUCUGGGUGCCUCUUCUAUGA